AUGGCGACGCCAGCGGCAGUAGCACCGUCGCAGCAGGCGAACGACGUAGACUAUCUCAUAACGAAUGUGCUUAUGCCGGUGGACGCGGACGAAGAGGGGAAUCCCAUGAACGGGUACGCGCGGUUCACUGUGCGCAUGUCUCGCGGAGUGAUAGAGUCGGGACUAUGUAUGGACACUGUAGGGACUAUGGACACUGUAGGGACUAUGGACACUGUAGGGACUAUGGACACUGUAGGGACUAUGGACACUGUAGGGACUAUGGACACUGUAGGGACUAUGGACACUGUAGGGACUAUGGACACUGUAGGGACUAUGGACACUGUAGGGAGUAUGGACACUGUAGGGACUAUGGACACUGUAGGGAGUAUGGACACUGUAGGGACUAUGGACACUGUAGGGAGUAUGGACACUGUAGGGACUAUGGACACUGUAGGGAGUAUGGACACUGUAGGGAGUAUGGACACUGUAGGGACUAUGGACACUGUAGGGAGUAUGGACACUGUAGGGACUAUGGACACUGUAGGGACUAUGGACACUGUAGGGAGUAUGGACACUGUAGGGAGUAUGGACACUGUAGGGACUAUGGACACUGUAGGGACUAUGGACACUGUAGGGACUAUGGACACUGUAGGGACUAUGGACACUGUAGGGACUAUGGACACUGUAGGGACUAUGGACACUGUAGGGACUAUGGACACUGUAGGGACUAUGGACACUGUAGGGACUAUGGACACUGUAGGGACUAUGGACACUGUAGGGAGUAUGGACACUGUAGGGACUAUGGACACUGUAGGGACUAUGGACACUGUAGGGAGUAUGGACACUGUAGGGACUAUGGACACUGUAGGGACUAUGGACACUGUAGGGAGUAUGGACACUGUAGGGACUAUGGACACUGUAGGGACUAUGGACACUGUAGGGAGUAUGGACACUGUAGGGAGUAUGGACACUGUAGGGACUAUGGACACUGUAGGGACUAUGGACACUGUAGGGACUAUGGACACUGUAGGGACUAUGGACACUGUAGGGACUAUGGACACUGUAGGGACUAUGGACACUGUAGGGACUAUGGACACUGUAGGGACUAUGGACACUGUAGGGAGUAUGGACACUGUAGGGACUAUGGACACUGUAGGGACUAUGGACACUGUAGGGACUAUGGACACUGUAGGGACUAUGGACACUGUAGGGACUAUGGACACUGUAGGGACUAUGGACACUGUAGGGACUAUGGACACUGUAGGGACUAUGGACACUGUAGGGACUAUGGACACUGUAGGGACUAUGGACACUGUAGGGACUAUGGACACUGUAGGGACUAUGGACACUGUAGGGACUAUGGACACUGUAGGGACUAUGGACACUGUAGGGACUAUGGACACUGUAGGGACUAUGGACACUGUAGGGAGUAUGGACACUGUAGGGACUAUGGACACUGUAGGGACUAUGGACACUGUAGGGACUAUGGACACUGUAGGGACUAUGGACACUGUAGGGAGUAUGGACACUGUAGGGACUAUGGACACUGUAGGGAGUAUGGACACUGUAGGGAGUAUGGACACUGUAGGGACUAUGGACACUGUAGGGACUAUGGACACUGUAGGGACUAUGGACACUGUAGGGACUAUGGACACUGUAGGGAGUAUGGACACUGUAGGGACUAUGGACACUGUAGGGAGUAUGGACACUGUAGGGACUAUGGACACUGUAGGGAGUAUGGACACUGUAGGGAGUAUGGACACUGUAGGGAGUAUGGACACUGUAGGGACUAUGGACACUGUAGGGAGUAUGGACACUGUAGGGACUAUGGACACUGUAGGGACUAUGGACACUGUAGGGAGUAUGGACACUGUAGGGAGUAUGGACACUGUAGGGACUAUGGACACUGUAGGGACUAUGGACACUGUAGGGACUAUGGACACUGUAGGGACUAUGGACACUGUAGGGACUAUGGACACUGUAGGGACUAUGGACACUGUAGGGAGUAUGGACACUGUAGGGACUAUGGACACUGUAGGGACUAUGGACACUGUAGGGACUAUGGACACUGUAGGGAGUAUGGACACUGUAGGGACUAUGGACGCUGUAGGGAGUAUGGACACUGUAGGGACUAUGGACACUGUAGGGAGUAUGGACACUGUAGGGACUAUGGACACUGUAGGGAGUAUGGACACUGUAGGGACUAUGGACACUGUAGGGAGUAUGGACACUGUAGGGAGUAUGGACACUGUAGGGACUAUGGACACUGUAGGGAGUAUGGACACUGUAGGGACUAUGGACACUGUAGGGACUAUGGACACUGUAGGGAGUAUGGACACUGUAGGGAGUAUGGACACUGUAGGGACUAUGGACACUGUAGGGACUAUGGACACUGUAGGGACUAUGGACACUGUAGGGACUAUGGACACUGUAGGGACUAUGGACACUGUAGGGACUAUGGACACUGUAGGGAGUAUGGACACUGUAGGGACUAUGGACACUGUAGGGAGUAUGGACACUGUAGGGACUAUGGACACUGUAGGGAGUAUGGACACUGUAGGGACUAUGGACACUGUAGGGAGUAUGGACACUGUAGGGACUAUGGACACUGUAGGGAGGAUGGUCAACGCACACACCCACAGCAUAGAGGCGUGGGGCAGAGGGGGAAUCGUGCCACUGCCCCUGGAGCUGUGGGUGAAUUCGCUUUUUACCCACAUGGACCCCCGAGGACCCAACCCCUCGGUUUCCGCGGAUGUGGUGUAUUGGGCAGCCCUGCACACGGCAGUAGAGACCAUCAUGACUGGCGGCACAGCAGUAAUGGAUCACCUGUACAUCCGGGACCUAUCUGACCUGGAAGCUGCAGUGAGGGCAUACAAGCACGUGGGCAUCAGAACCUUCAUUGCCCCUAUGCUAGGCGAUUUGGACGUCUCAAACUACUUCCCCUUGGUGCCGGACGCCUGUGAGCGCAACGAGAGGGCGAGGGAGGAAGGGGUGUGUCCUGGCGCCAUGGGGAGUGAUGGGUAUUUCAGGGAGCAACUGGCAGAGCGGCAGGAGGCCAACACCGAGAGGGUUCUUGCCCUGUGGAGGGAAGCUGCGCAGAAGUUUCACGAUCCAGAGGGUGGCAUCAACAUUGUGAUUGGUCCCGUGCAGAACUGGGGAGCAUCCGACGAGCUAAUACAGAGGGCAGUGGACAUCAGAAAGGAGUUAGGGCUGUGCGGUCACAUCCACUUGCUGGAAUCACGGAUGCAAAAACUGCAGAGCAGAUCGCGCUACCCGGAUGGAGGGUGUGUGAAACUACUGAAAGACAUCGGGUGGCUGUCACUCCCUGGGUCCUCCUGUGCGCACUGCGUGUGGCUGGAGGACGAGGAGCAAGCGAUCAUGGCGGAGUGUGGGGCAGUGGCGGUGCAUAACCCCGUCUCCAACCUCCGCCUCGGCUCGGGCAUUGCUCCCAUAAGAGCGUACCUCGAUAAGGGCAUUACUGUGGCUAUCGGGUGCGAUGGGCAGUGCUCGAACGACUCGCAGGACAUGCUGGAAGCCGUGAAGAUGGCGUGUAUUGUCAACCCGCUCACAACCCCCGAGUAUCGCCAGUGGUUGUCCCCAAGGGAGGUGCUCAGAAUGGCAGCAGAGGGAGGCGCGGCAGCAGUGGGCAUGAGAGGGCGGGCAGGUCAAAUUAAGCAUGGCUAUGUGGCGGAUGCUGUGCUGGUGGAUCUGACUACCCUCUCCAUGCUGCCUCGAGCCGACCCUGUAGGGCAACUCGUGCUCACCCGGCAAAGGUGGGUGGGAUGUUGGUGGGUAGGGCCAGCCGACCCUGUGGGGCAACUGGUGCUCACCAGACAAAGGUACAGAGGGAGGGAGGAAUAG